GGGAAUUUUUCGAGUUCAGCAAAAAUACACCAACUUGACCGUUUUGUUGAUUUGCUUUAAAAUUCCUUUGCAAGAGCAAAACAGGUUUCUCAACGAACGGAAAGGUGCCUCAAUAAGUACUCAUUUGCAAGCUGCUUCAACAGGGAAUAACCAAUUUCUGUUUUCAAGAGAAUAACUUCAGUUGUUCUUUAACUAUUGCCAUUUAUUGUCGUUGGCGUUGAGUUGUGUCCAGAGUGUUAUAACCGCCCAAAUCUAGACCAAGAUACUCAAAAAUUUUGAAAAGUUAUACAAAAAGUGAAUUAACAGAAAAUUUUGCUAGCUCAUAUUCAAAAUGAAUAACAAAGAAAACGAACCGGCAAUGGAUCAAGAGCUCAGUACUACAGGGAUUGAAGAUCAUAAGCUCGCACGACCAGAAAGCGAGACCUCGUCGCCGACCAAAAGUUCACCAACAAGAACACCAUUAAAUGCUUCUAAUAUGAUCUCACCUUCAAAAGACAUUAGAUCAAGUGUCAUAAGUCCAAGAAAAGCCACCAAUUCUUCAACUAGAGUUAUUGAAUCAUUGCACAAAGAGAUUGAUGAAUUGAAAUCGGAGGUAUUGAAAUUGAAAUCUAGUAAUGAAGAAUUGAAGAAAUCCAAUGAGCUGGUAAAGAAAAGAAGAGACCAAUUAAUGGAGCAACUGUCAAAUAGUAAGCAUGAAAAUGAAACCGUCAAUUCAUUACUUCAGAGGAAACAAAGAAGAAUAAAUGACCUUGAAUCACAGUUGAAUGAGAUUACAAGUUCUAAUGAUGAUCUUAAGUUUAAAUUUCAAUCCCUUGAGACAAGAAGUGAAAAAUUGAGACAAAGUGAAGCUUCUUCUGUUGCUGAAUAUGAAAGAAUGAAGAUUGCUUACGAGACUAUAGUAACAAGUCAAAAGGAAUACAGAGAUCAUUACUCAAAAGAGAUUGCAACCUUGAAAGAAAGAUUGAAUGAAUUCGUGAAGAACAAAGAAGAUCAAAUAAACAGAAAUAUUACGUUAAUUGCCAAAAGUGAUUCAACUUUAGGAAGAUCGGUCAAGUCUAUCACCAAUAAAGCAAAUGAUUUGGAAAAGCUUUAUGAAGAUAGAAAUUUAAAACUUGAGGAAAAAAUUGACAACAUUGCAUCUACUCACAGAAAUAACAACGAUCAAACUGCGUUUUUGCUACAAACUUCUAAAGACCUCUUCAACGAAAUUGCUGACAAGUUGGAAAUUGAUAAGGAGGAACUUCUGAAGACAUAUUUGGAGCAAGAUUCUUCAAGGGUUGAUCCUUUCAAAGAAGAAGAGGAGGUCAAGAGUACGCCAACUCAACAACCUAUCCAAAUAAAGAAGAGAAAUGAGAGAAAAACAACAAGCUCAAGAUCAACCUCAUCUUCAUCGUCAACUAAUGGAAGAAUCCCAAGUGUGGAGGAGAGAGUUUUAUCAUUGGACAAGGAACUGAAUAAGUCAAUUCCAUUGAAGGACAGAAUUACACCAAAUACCUCAAAUGUUUCAAGAUCAAAAAGUAUGAGAGGUUCACGUAACUCAAGUCAUAAUAACUCUCAAGUCAACAACUCCAACAAUUCAUCCAAUCCUUUAUUUUCAAGAAUCACACCAAACGAUGCGAAACGUCCAACAAGAAACUAUGAAGAUCGUGAUUCCAAUAACCAAAGAAACACAUCACGUAACGACUCAAGAAGAACCUCAAGAAACUUUGAUGAACACAAUAAUAAGAACAGAUCUACAAAUACUUCAAGAAGAUCAUCAAGAGUCUUUGAUUCUAAUCAACAAGUGACAGAAACCGGUAACUCUGAAAAUAAAGAAGCUGGUGCUGGUGAAUCAAAUGCUGAUGGGGCGGAAGCACCAAAGCGCAAAAGAAGAAGACGUAGAAGAAGAAGAGGUAGAAAGGGUGAACAUCAACAAGCUGACGAGAAUAAUAACAACAGUGAGGAUGAUGAUGACGAAGAAGAUGAUAACGAAGAAGGUGGUGAUGAUCAAGAUGUUAGCAUUAUUGAGUCAGAUGUGGAGACUAAAGAUCUUGAAAAGAAAGAGACUAUUGAUACAGAAGUGUUGAACGAAAUCAAGGAAGAAUCUGAAGAAAAAUUUGAUGAAUUAACGCUCCAAGAUCAAAAAGAAUCAGUUGAAAUUGAGGAUACUGAGGAUACUGAAAAGGAAUUGGAACCACAAACUGGAGAUACUCAGCCUAUCUUGAAAGAUGGUAUUGCUGAGGAAAGUGAACCAAAGAUAAACGCAUCGAAAAGUACACAACUAGAAGAUACCCUAGAAGAAAAAGAUAACAACAAUUAAAGGCACAACUACAUAGACGUUAUCUAGUUUAAAUAUUUAUCAUUAGAUCAUAAAUCGUUAUAUAACGUAAUUGUACCGUCGUCAUAUCCCACAGCUGAAUAUGAGUUCUCGAUGACUUUGAUGUCUCUUCUAUUAAGCAACUUUUUGAAACGUUCAUCAAUUUCUUUUCUUGCCGUAAGAGCCAAACUAUUUGGUUUAACUAUUUUACCUUUAUCUUUACUCAACCCAGCAUCAUCAUUUAUGUUUCCUAUAACAUUCAGAUCACCAGCUAAUAAACCUUUUGGCUUUUUAAAAUUAGAUAAAU